AUGGAUCUGGGCCUGUUCCGAGACCAUAAAGCUGCUUGGGGUCAGAGGGAUGGAGAUGGCUCCGUCAGCUGGGACGAGACCAUCCACCAAGUCCAACAGAAGAUCCGCAAAUGGAAUGCACGGUCCCUCACAAUGACGGGUAAGAUCCAGGUCCUGAAUGCAAUCGUUCUCCUCAUUCUACUAUCCCUGGGACUCAGCACCAUCGACCACACUGUACCCUAUUGCUGGGACCCCCCACCAGUGUACAAGACGUGGAACGAUUUUGCCUUCAGGUCAGAUCUGCCCACGGUUGAGGCUGGCAUCCUGGAUGUACAAGGACAUCAUGGCCCACCUGAGAGUCAGCUCAGCCAUAGACACGCAACAGGUUUGGAAGUGGCUCUACAUAAGAAACUGUUUGGUCAACAUGUUGCCUCUAGAGUCAUCCAGAAAUCUGUAACAGGUUUCAUGAACAAUAAAAACCCUAGAAAGCCCCUGGUGCUCUCUCUACAUGGCUGGACUGGCACAGGGAAGGACUUAGUCAGGAAGUUGAUAGCUGAAAACAUCUACAAGAAGGGCAUGGCCAGCAGUUUCGUCCAUCAGUUUGUGACUUCUACUCACUUCCCUAAUUGGAGUCAGCUUGAGAACUACAAGGUAAAACAAGGUUCUUAUAUGAUAGGGAAUGUACACAUUUGUGUUAAGAACAUGUUCAUCUUUGACGAGAUGGACAAGAUGCAUCCUGGCCUGAUCGACUGUAUAAAGCCCUACCUGGGUUACUCUGAAUAUCUGGACGGGGUCUCGUACCGUCAAGCCAUCUUCAUCUUCCUCAGCAAUGCUGGAGUACAGCACAUAACACAGGAGGCCCUGGACUUCUGGAAAGCAGGUCGAGACCGAGAGGAAAUAAAAUUGCAUGACUUAGAACCAGCUCUCUCCCUGACCUUGUUCAACAACAAGAAGAGUGGGUUGUGGCCCUCGAGUCUGAUGGACAGGAACCUAGUUGACGUCGUUGUCCCCUUCCUGCCUCUGGAGUACAGACACGUGCUGCUGUGUGUCAAGGCAGAGAUGUCCGCCAGGGGCCUGGAGCCCAACCAGGACGUGGUUGACCAGAUGGCCAGAGACUUGGUCUAUUUCCCCAAGAGCGAGAAGAUCUUCUCUGCCAAGGGCUGCAAGACCAUCAACAGAAGGCUAGAUUACUUCACAUAG